AUGACUGAUCUGGCACAGCAUGGCUUGACUCAUCGCGCCGCUGAAAUCGAGUGCUUGGGCUGCUACCGCAACUUCAAAACAUACGGCGGCAUGAUCAUCCACCUCGAGUCUGGUGCCUGCGAGUCUGACAUCGACUACCUGGACCUCAACUCCUCGGCAGCCGAGUGUUACUCAUGGGCUCAAUUCAUUCAUACAGACUAUCGCGACGAUAUGUUGGCCAGCUGUGACCUCAAGCGCAUGUAUCAAGGAACGGUCUUCCCCUACAAGUGCCCGGACUGCGACUCAGGCUUUCCCAAACUCUCCAGCCUCUUUCAGCACGUCGACUCAUCAGCUUGCGACCAGACGCUGAAUGAGGGUGCAAUUGGACACCUGAGCCGCUUCCUACUCAGCCGAUAUGGUUGA